GCUGCGGGCAACAGAACCGAGAUCAAUGAACCAGGCGAUUUACCGAAACUGGUCGGACGAGCCAAGGUGGGAAUAAACCAUCGAUCAAGAGCGAGGUUUUCCAUUUAGCAGAAAUUUAUAUCUGCUCAGGGACGGAUUAUCACAUCACUCCGAGGCCAACAUUACAGUGUGCGAUGUGGAAAAUUUACAGUUCUCUACUGUAACCUAAUAACAACUGAUUUUGAGAGUAGAUUUUUUAAAUUCAUCAUUGGGUCACAGAACGCAGGGGAAUACAGGAUGAUCUUCGCAAAUACGGCUAAUCCGCUGAGAACGCCAUCAUAUCGAAAGCAGCCUCCUGUUGCUCCGCCCACCCUCCCCAUGGCCCCGCCCAGCCCGAGCACCAAUAGCAGCACCAACAACAGCAGCAGCAGCAGCAGCACGACCGGCUGGGAGCAGCUCAGCAAAACAAACCUCUACAUCCGCGGGUUACCGCCGGGAACCACAGAUCACGACCUGGUCAAACUCUGCCAGCCAUAUGGGAAGAUCGUGUCCACCAAAGCCAUUCUUGACAAGACUACAAACAAAUGCAAAGGAUAUGGGUUUGUGGAUUUCGACAGUCCCGUGUCCGCACAAAAGGCCGUCGCAGCACUGAAGACCAACGGAGUUCAGGCUCAGAUGGCCAAGCAACAGGAGCAGGACCCGACUAACCUGUACCUCUCCAACCUGCCCGUGUCCAUGGAUGAGCAGGAGCUUGAAAACCUCCUCAAACCCUUUGGACAGGUCGUGUCCACCCGAAUUCUGCGCGACACUAAUGGAAUGAGCCGGGGGGUGGGCUUUGCCAGGAUGGAGUCGACAGAGAAGUGUGAUGCCGUGAUCUCUCACUUCAACGGGAAAUUCAUUAAGUCCUCUUCUGGGAUGCUAGGUGCAUCAGAGCCAUUGCUGUGUAAGUUUGCUGACGGCGGGCAGAAGAAGAGACAGAGUCAGGCUAAAUACAUCCCCAAUGGACGAACCUGGACAAGAGACGCCGAGGUGAGACUAAGCGGCAUGACUUUGACCUAUGACCCCAAUACCGCCCUUCAGAAUGGGUAUUAUGCUGCUCCUUAUGCUAUGGGGAACCGGUUAAUGACUCAGCCAGGAGUGUCUCCCUACAUCUCUCCCAUCUCCACAUACCCGGUACAGAAUCCUUCAUGGAUGCCACAUCAGCCUUAUAUCAUGCAACACCCAGGAGCCGUUCUAUCGCCCUCUAUGGAGCACCCCAUGUCACUGCAGCCGUCCGCUAUGUUGGCUCCUCUCACCCAGCAGAUGGGCCAUCUCUCUCUGGGCGGCACUGCAACCUUUAUUCCUGCCAACACGGCGAUGCCAGGAGCUUACAUCCCUCACUACACCCACAUUCAGCCCCCUGCCAUCCCUCCUGAGCAGGAAAGUGGUGUGCAGCCACAAGAUGUGUCCUCUUCAGAUCCGUCAUCGUACCCUUUCCAACCCAACAAGCAAUAAAACGGUUAACCAUCUGAGGUUUGCCCCAGACACAGUCUGCUGAGUGUUACUACAGUAGCUUUCUCUUAGAGGAAGUGACAUCAGAGAGAAGGUGACGCUCAAGCACGGGUUCCAGAAAAUUUGUCCAUGAUUUAAUCAUCUUCUAAAAGAAAUCAACAAGAAACCUCAGAGAACUCUUGUGCAAACAUUUUCUCCAACAAAUCAAGACGAGGCAAUAUGACAGCAACAGUGGACAAUGAAGGGGAGCAGAGUUUUAUUUUGCUAGAACAGAGAAGAUGACAAAUUCUUAUUUUUUACCAAGAACUAUUAACACAGACCAUGUCUGUGAGUAAAAGUGAGUGAUGAUGAGGAUGGGAUUUCAAUGCAUGAUAUUUUUUUUAAGUAUGGUUUUUAUUACGUUUUUACGGACUGUUUCUCAAACAGACGAUAGAAAUGCUUUUUUGAACAGGUUGCAGUCGAAAUGAAGAGUUUUCUGUUUGCUUUUUGGUCUUCCACUCUUUGCCUUUUUAGUAGUUCAAAUAUUUACCUUUGAAAUAAGGUGGGUGGGGUUUAGAACGACUGAUACGAUGCUUGCUGGCUAUUGGUCCUUGCUCCUGUCUCUCAAAGCUAAGGCUUUCUUGUUUCCUUUUUUUAAUGUCUCUCUGAACCGAACACGUUUUGCUUCGGAGACCAUGUGUUUGUUGUGAAUGAGUCUUCUUUCCAUUGAAUCCAUGUGUAAAGUCUUUCGGUAGAUUUAGAAGUGGAUGUUGAGAUAAGGGUGGGUGGGGUUUCUUGGUAGGCGGGGCAUGAGUGGGUGGGGUUAAGCUAGCUGAGGUAUGUGGGUGGGGAUGAUAAAGGGAUAUUGUGGAUUUGGGAAAAGCUGAUAUUUUUUCCUGCCUUUUACAGGAUGGUUGCGAUUUUAUUUUCAGUGCCAUUUUUUAUUUAUUUUUAUCUUCUUUCCUUCAUGUUUUUUUUUUACGGAACACAUCAGGAUUUCUUUAAUGCUCAGAAAAAAGGCAGAAGUGCAAUCUUUGUUUAGGUAGAAAGCGAGAAGUAUAGUUAAAUAGUCGAUUAAAAGUAAUUAAGUAUUUUAGCUUUCUUGGAACUCUGAAUAUCAUUAUGCAAAUGAAACCUAAAUUUGUGGCCUAACAUAUAAAUUUACAAACACAUGAUUGCACAGUUGUAAUUAAAAGUCACUACUCAAAUUGAAUAAAUGAUUGAAAAACAUCCAACUUCAUAGCAACUAUGACACUUUCCACCAAAGACCUUUUCUGCCUACUAUCGAACACGAUAGUACGGACUACUGCAUUGGGUUUUGGUCAAACGGAAUGGUAGUUUGUGUCUCUUUUCAUCAAUCUUGACUCGCAGCUUUAAUCUAGUUUGAAACAUAAACAUCUCUAAGCAGUUGGGCAGAGGGAAGACUUGAUCACCGGUUCAUAACACAGUUGUAAACAAGCCUUUCAUCUGUCUGUCAUAGUUAGUUAAACAGAUUUCCGUGUGUCUGUGUGUGAUUGUGUAUUUAGAUGUCCAGGUCAGCUUGACCUUUGAUCUACCUCAGAGUUGUAUGUGUUAUCUGAUUGGUCAGGCUGCAGGUCUAUCCUGUCCAAUCAGAUGUAAAAGCACCAGCUCGGGAGCUGGUGUCAUGCAGAACUUCAUCUUUAACGCGUCUAUUUGUCCUCCUCUUUAAAGAAACAUCUAUGUUUUGUAUCUGUAUGUCUUUCUGUUGGUGUUUUUCUUUUCUUUUUUUUUUACAUUGCAUUGUGAUAAUUCUUUUUUUUUCUUCCUAAAAAAAGAGAGGCUUGUGUAAUUUUUUCCUGCAUUUGUUUUUAAAGAAAAUCCACAUGAACUACCUUCUCAGAUUUUUUUCUCCAGUUUUUGCUGUAGCCUCUCUGUGUUUAGAGGCCUAGUCUGAAGAACCAAAGUCAAAUAAUAAUAUGGUGACUAAUGUGUGUCAAAAAGCAGCACAUGGUAGUUUCGUUGGACAGAUACAUUGUCUUUAAUUCAGCAGUCAGAAUAGAUGUUUCAGAACGGUAAUCAUCCACAUGGUGUAUAAAUACAGGACUGUUGCUGAAAUGCUGAAUUUUUAAAAACUGUUUUAUUGAUCACCUGCCACUUGCACGUCCAGAUUUUUAGUUUUUUUUCUGUUGUGAAAAGAGAAGAUUUUUUUAAUUAAAAGAGGCUUAAAUGUGUGA